AUCUCGCCUGCCGUCAACAUCGACACGAGCAAGAGUGCCAGAAUGUCCCUCAGCCUAGUCACCCGAACCGUCCUGCGCAACCCCCCACGCGCGCUAAUCCCCGUCCUCAACAUCCAGUCCGCCCCCGUCAGUAAUGACAUCGGACCCAAGCGGGCAGAGACGCCCGAAUAUGUCGUGACUCCCAGCAGGGGGACGUACGACACCACCAAAGUCCCCAGCUUCAAGGCUUACAAAACCCGCGGACCGCCCCGGGGCCAUCAGAACAUCGCGUAUUUUAUGGCGGGAGCGCUGGGUGUGACCACAGCUGUGGGGGCCAAGGAUACGGUUGCGAGCUUUCUGGCCAACAUGUCCGCUUCCGCUGAUGUCCUGGCGCAAGCAAAGGUCGAGAUUGGCCUCGGUGCGAUCCCCGAGGGGAAGAAUAUCAUCAUCAAGUGGCGCGGAAAGCCGGUCUUCAUCCGGCAUCGCACGCAGAAUGAGGUCGAGGAGGCGCGCAAGACGGACUGGAAAUCUCUCCGCGAUCCGCAGCCGGACGAGGACCGUGUGCUGAAGCCGGAGUGGUUGAUUAUGAUGGGUGUUUGCACCCAUCUGGGUUGCGUGCCCAUCGGCGAGUCCGGGGACUUUGGGGGCUGGUUUUGUCCGUGUCAUGGCUCGCACUAUGACAUCUCCGGACGGGCGCGCAAGGGUCCCGCCCCGACUAAUCUGGAGGUACCGCAGUACAGCUUUCCGACCGAGGACACGCUGGUGAUCGGAUAGAGGGGGAUUUGAAUAAUAUCUCGGCCCAUUCGAUUCGUGUGGGGGUUUCUGUGCAGGUCCCUCGACGUGGGGUUGCAUAGAACACGAUACGUUUUCUCUCUCAAAGACCGACAUACUUGUUAGAGAA